UCCACCUUCGUCCGCCUCCAGUCGAUCGAAUUUUUGUUCUUUCUUGCGUCGAGAAUCGACCGGACCCCGUUCUUGAUUCGUUCUCCGCCGCGAGAAAGCCGCCCCCACCAUGACCAAGAUCGACACCCUCCGUCGGUUCAUCCUCCCUUGCUUCGCCCCUCCCUUGGCCGCCCCGCCAACCGCCGCCGCCCCCGCCAAGAAGCGCAUAAGCACCUCGCUUAGAGACUAUAUUUAUGACGACCCCAGAGUUCAAGAACUCAAUCUUGACCUUGAUCGAGUUCGGAAGGGGAGCGACGAUGUGGAAGACGACGGACCCGUUUGGGACGCCGCCGGCUCGACGUCCCCGCUGGCCGUGGCGCCCCCGCGCCCCUCCAAGACCAUGGCGAUCGGCACCAUCUUCGGCCCGCGCCGCGGGCACGUGUGGUUCUGCGUGCAGCACGACCGCCUCUCCACGAAGCCCUCCCUCCUCCUCGAGCUCUCGAUCCCGACCCAGCAGCUGGUCAAGGAGAUGCAGUCGAGCGAGCUCGUCCGCAUCGCCCUCGAGUGCUCGGCCGACUCGGAGCCCGGGCUCGGCUCUUGCCCCCUGCGGUCCGUGCCCGUGUGGACCCUCUCCUGCGACGGGCGGAAGCUCGGCUUCGCGACGAGGAGGAAGGCGAGCGAGCAGAACCGGUCGAUGCUCAAGACGAUGCAGUCGAUGACGGUCGGCGCCGGCGUCAUACCAUCCGGGACCGGGUCCGCGCUCUCCGAGGAGAUCAUGUACAUGCGGGCGAAUUACGAGCACGUCGUGGGCAGCGCCGACUCGGAGUCCUUCCAUCUGAUCAACCCGGACGGCUGCCCCGGUCAAGAACUCAGCCUGUUCUUGCUCAGGACCCGAUAAAUUAUACAGGAGUUUCUGAGUUUCUUCCUAAGGUGCAGAUCGAAUCGACAUCUUUUGAAUCCCGACUUUGACAGAGCGCGAAUUCAAGAAUCUUCGUGCAAGUUGGCUUAGCCUAGUUCACUGAUUUAGAGAGAGAGAGAAGUUGAACACAGAUGUGAUCUGCUUUUAGAACUGAUGCUCAAGAAGUUCUUGGUCUCCAAGAAAGUAGAUCACUGAGAGGACAUGUAACUUUAUCUGGACGUGCCCUCUUUCUUUUUCUUCCUUAGGCUUUUGGUUUUGUUGAUGGGUAUACGUGGUAGGCUAGAAGGAGAAAAGCUUAUUCAAGAGCAAAGAGAAAGUUCCAUUUUUUCGACAGUCUUUUCGGUACUUUUCUGUAGUUUCCAGAUUGAUGCAGAGAUUCUUCUCGGGAUUCUUGUAAAACUUUGAACAGCGAGUGAAAUGAAAUACCAGAAGUCUUCUACAUUUGAGUUC